CACAAUAAUGCCGAAGAAGAUAGACACAACAAGUGAAAAUGGCGCGGUCUCUGAAAAUUAGCAACGGAGUGUAGUCUCUUUCUCUGUGAAACUUCUCUUAGUGCCCAGUGCCCAAAAAUGCCACUGUCCACUCAUUCUCAACCAGGAGAUGAGCACUAUGUCCUUGUUGCGACUCUGGAUAACGUCAGAAAUCUUUCCAACAUCCUUAAAGCCAUUACUUUUAAAGACCAUGCCAUUUUUAACGCCACUCAGAAUGGAUUGAAAGUGACUGUCGAGGACUCAAAGUGUUUGCAAGCAAAUGCCUUCAUACAGGCUGACAUCUUUCAGGAGUUUGUCAUCAAAGAAGAUUCUGUGGGAUUUCAAAUUAAUCUUACAGUCCUUCUCGAUUGCCUCACAAUAUUUGGGGGAAGCACAGUACCAGGUGUCACAACAGCAUUGCGCAUGUGCUACAGUGGUUAUGGAUUUCCCCUCACACUCUUUCUUGAAGAGGGUGGGGUGGUGACCGUGUGUAAAAUCAAUACCCAGGAGCCUGAGGAACCAAUAGACUUUGACUUCUGCAGCACAAAUGUCACCAAUAAGGUCAUCUUACAGUCAGAUAGCCUGAGAGAGGCCUUCUCUGAGCUGGACAUGACAAGUGAGGUCCUUCAAAUCACAAUGUCUCCCUCUCAGCCAUUUUUCAGGUUGUCCACAUUUGGAAACUCUGGAAAUGCACAUUAUGAUUACCCCAAGGACUCAGACAUGAUGGAGCUCUUCCAGUGCACAAAAACACAGACCAACAGAUAUAAGAUGUCCUUACUAAAGCCUUCAACAAAAGCAUUGGCUCUGUCAUGCAAGGUGUCUGUGCGGACAGAUUCCCGUGGAUUUCUGUCACUGCAGUACCUGGUUCGCAAUGAUGAUGGGCAGAUCUGCUUUGUGGAGUAUUUCUGUUCACCAGAUGAAGAAGUUGAUGAAGAAUGAUAUUGUAAAGGAUUCUUUAUUUAUUACACCAAAAUGUUCAGCUGCAUUACAUUGCUGAACUCAUUAAUGAUUUUCUUGCUCUGAUUGCAUAGGUCUGUCAACAAGGUCAGAGUUUAUGUCAGCGAAACUGUACAGAGGACAUUAUAUGGUGUAUUGUAUUUAAUGUGUGUUUGAAUAAAGAAAAUGAAAAAAAAAAAAAAG